GUCCUAACGGAAUACCGUAAAUUAUAUUCCUCCUUACAUUCGCACUAGCUGUCAAUCAAUCCCAGGUAUUAAUAAAGAUAUCGUUAAAGCUUUCCAUUAACGAUUUUUUAUUUAUUAACACAAGCCCCCGCUGAAUACACUAUAUGUUUUGGUUUAAACUGAAGUGCACGUAUAAUCGAUUUAUAACAGUUUUACUACGUAAUACACUACUCAUGAUAUAGUUGUUUCGUAUUUUUGGAUUUUCUAAUGACCGAAUGAUUGUUUUUAUAAAAUGGUAAAAGACGUCAGCGUGCUAUAAUUAUUUUGAAUGUUAUUAUAUCAUGAUAUAUAAGUUAAUUUAUUUAGAUAAUAUUGUUUUAAAACCAUUAAAUUUACUUAAAGACAGUCACAUAGUGUUACUUCAAAUAUUUAUUUGCAAAAUUAAUAAAACGAUGAACAUUUUGAUUGUGACAACAAAUUUGAUUCUUCUCUGCGUACAUCAGAUUUAUUCUCAGGAAGAAGUCAGUGAAAGAACAGAAUACGACCAACCAACUUUUAAACAAUCAACAGAUGUCAAAAACACAAUAAUUAUUGCUCUGACUUGUGUUCUUGGGUUUGCCGUGUUAGCUGUGUUGAUUUUGACCAUGGCAUUAUGCUGUAGAAGGAAUUCAUGCCGCUUGAACAAGAUGAAAUUAGUUCAAGAACUAGAAGAUGUGGAGUUAGCGGAAAUAAUUAGUACACAGCAACUUGAAAGUGAAAAUAAUGCGGACGAAACAUUGAUCGAAUGUGUAGCACAGGCAAAAAGCGAUGCAGAUCCUCAAGAACACUAAAAAGAAAGAGCGCCAUGCAGAUGAAAGACAGAUUAUAUCCCCGUUAACUUUGUUUUUAUUGAAAGUUUAUAUUUCCUUUCUUUGGUCCAAUUUACCGUUUGAACUAACAAUAGCACAGAUAUAACUUUGAGCAAUCUCACUUAAACAGGGUCAACUCUCUUUAUUCUGUCUUGUUUUAUAUUUGAAUCAAAUUAGGAAGAAAGAUAAAUCUGUUCCAAUAGAUAAAUUAGGCAUUCAAGAGACUUUUAGAGGAAGCGUUAUUUGGUACCAUUACUUAUAUAAGUUUGAAUAAGAACAAUGGCAGUCAGUAGAAAAUGAAAACAGAAAUUGAUAUUUAAAUCGAUAUUAUAUGCAUGUAAUAUAUGUACAGCUAAAUUCCUUUCAUUUUACAUCAAAGAGUUACUGCGUUUCUAGGUCUAACUCAAAGACUAUGAGUAUUUUAUAAACAGAUACUGCCUUGAACUCACUGAAUAAUGGUACUGUUUUUAUUUUUAUUUACAAUUUCUUACUGAAAAGCACUCUCUAAGCUUCUAAAAUGUUUGCAUCAAUCUUAAGGGGUGCCUUUUUAAAAGCAUACAAGAAAUGUAUAGAGAAUAUACCUGAAACAAAACUAAAAAAAAAUACAAAAGCCUCGCACUCAAUUAUAAAAUUAUCAUUUGUUCGAGGAAAAGUCGCUUGUAUUAGAUGCGAAUUAUCAAAGACAGUUACACAGAUGCAUUGGUUUUCAAAUAAAAUCAUACUGUAGUACGAAAAAGCACACGUAAAUUCGGACGAGUGAGAUUUGCGUUAGUGUAAUUUUUUUUUUCGAAAAAAAAGGUAUCAUUCGCCGAAUAAAUAAGCGUGUUGCGCUUUUAUUUGUGUCCACGCUGUAAAGCUAAAUGAAAAUAGUGCAAAGCUAUGAGUAGUUUAGCACAAAAUACCAGAUUUUUGUUUCGAUCAAAGUGUGAAAGUCAGAGUAAGAGGGGUGGUCUAUUUGGCCAAAACGGUUAGCAUCACUUGCCCUUACCUCUAUAGGUUCUAAAUACCGCUUGAACUGUCACGAAAUGGUUCUAUGUAACUUGCUUUCGAAUAAUUACAAAAGGGACAUCUGGAUUUACCCUUCAUUCUACAAGGUUACAUGAUUAGCCUUUUAGAAAAGCUGGUCGCGCCCAUUGUGUUAUUGCUUUUCUAUUGAAAUUUUCAGUUUAGUACAUACACAAUGGUAUGUCUCAUGCAAAAAUGAAAUUCUUUAGAAACAGCAUUUUAUGACUUUUAAAAGAGGGAAUGUGUUUAUUCUCACGUAUUUCAUUUAGAAUAGAUAUCUGCUAGUUCUAGAUGUAUAGAUCUACUAAAUGAAACAGGAAGCAAUCACGUUUUAUUUAGAAAAGUAUCUGCAAUAGAUUUGCUGAUACUAAGCUUGUCAAUGGGCCGCCCUAAAUGACUAGCUUUACUUGAUAUCCUUCGUCGAGAAGAGGCAAAUGAAACAAUUACGUUUCAUUAAGACUCUUUGGAUUAAUUACAAUGAUUUUGCUGGCCAAUGGCUUACAGAAAGCAAGAUCACCAAAAAUAAAAAUAAAAAGAAAUAAAACAAAACAU